AUAAUUGUGUGCGGAUGAUCCACCAGAAUGGUAUUUUUCAUCUUCUAUCCAUUUUUGCUUUGCUCCUUCAUUUUUCAAAAUUUUUGCACAUCUGCAAAUUCCUCACAAAGGUAUGCUGUUCUUUUUCCUUAAUUUUUUAUUUUUUGCUCUCUUAGAUUCUUAUCCUUCUCCCUUUUUCUUUUAUCCCUGUGAUUCCUUCGUUUUUCACUACUCAGAUAUACAUUUGCAAGUGAGAGACGAUUUUUUACAUGCAAGCACAAAAUCAAGUAAGACUAUGAAAUCAACAGGUAUUCAUGAAAUUCAGAAAAGAAAAAUGAAACUAAACUUAUCGGCAUCUGAAAUCGUUGAGGUCGCUGGAAUUACCUUUGAUUUCUCAGUUCUUCAUGUGUUUUAGAAUAAAUUUUGCCGCAUCUUGAAUUUUGAGUAGUUUUUCGCUUGAUUUUCAACAUGCAUGUUGGUGUAUUUUUAUUGAUUUGGUCGUGGGUACUUUUCUUUCUCGCAUUCAACCAGUUUUACUUACAUUCUCAUAAUAUUCUUAUGAUGUUGGCUCUUAGAUAUAAGCGGACUAGAAAAUGUGCGACGGGGUUGAAAUCAUUGAGAGAUCGAAUUAUGAGCAUCAGUUAGGGUAAAUGGGUUUAAAAUUUUAAUUUCUGAUUUAUCAUUUUCGAAAGAAUGAUAUUGAAAGUUCUCCAAAAUUACUAUCCAGUUACAAAAGUAAAUAUGUGUAUCUUGAUGGUGGUCUUUGCCCUACAUUUUCUAUUUCUUUUAUGCUAUGAACUGUCAGGAUUUCUCUAGAUUUCUUGGAGCUUUUGGUACAUUAUCACAUGUUCUUGUGAUACAAUGUAAACAUUUUAAAUUUAACACAUUAUUGAAUCUAGAUUUGGGUGUAAUGAAGUUCUUUAAAAUCCACUUUGCUGGUUGUUAUAGUUCCAAAUAAACUAAGAGAAUUUUAGUAGUUUCCAUACAUUAUAACCCAAUUAUAAAACUGAAUGUGUAUCUUGAUUGUGGUCUCUGCUCUGAUUUUUCUAUUUCUUUUAUAUUUCUAUUUUGAUGUUUUAGUGGAUUUUGAUUCCUUAAUAAGUGACAUGCUGAAUUUUUUUGAUUCAUUCAGUUAGAAUGUCAUGGUUGCAGAUUUUUUAUUUCUCGUGUUUUUACAAGUGAGAAUUGCUCAUCAUGGAAAAAAGGGACAUGACUUUGACUCUUAAGAGUAAGAGGUUGCUUGUGUUUAUUCAGGAUUUAGAAAGAUACUUCUAUAUGUGAAUAGCAGUUUGUUUUUCAGGUACAUCAUUAAAAUAUACUUGCACCACGCUUUGCUAAAGAUUUUGUUAUUUGCAGGCAACUGUUAAGUGUCAUGAGUUAUACGUAAGUUAAUAAGUUUAUUCUUUCAGACUAAUCACGGUUCACAUCAUCCAUGAACUGAGUAGAUUGUCUAAAAUCUACUUGACCAGACAAUGUAUUGCAUGGCUGCGUUUGUUGGACAAUAAGAUAUCUAAUAUUAAGAGAGGAUUUUCCGUCUUCAAUAUUUUUAGAAGUUUCUUAUUUGAAUUUACAUAAGUAUCGAAAAAUCAAGCAAGCUCACCCCUUUUGGAGAUGGAGAAACGAUGGAACAGGGAACUAGAAAUAUGAAGAUGAGGAUUAUAUCCACCAUUAUGUUGUGCCAAUACUUGGACCUUUUCUUUAUAUUAUAAAGGCAUGCAAUAUUUUGCCUGGAAAGCUUUAAGCCCCAUGGAGAUCAUGUUUUUGAGUCGAGGGUGGUGCUAUCUUCUGUCUGGAAUGUUUGUUGGUGAGUAUUAAUGUCAUUUUCUUUUGUUGUUUUUUUCUAAUUUAUUAGAUUAGAUAUGAUCCAUUCCAAAUGAUUUUGAACUUUGGAAUAUGUGGGAUCACAUAUUUUAGUGGAAGUCGCAGAGCUCUUUGCAUAGUCUUGAUUCGUUGCAAGUUUGAAAUCUCCUUAUAGAAAAAAUGAUGAUGAUGAUUCAUCUUACACGCCUACAAUUCCUAUGAAAAAGAAGAGGAAAAAUUGUUGAGAGAAAUGAGUCUUGUAUCCCUGUCGUAAGUGGUGAAGGGGAUGCUGGUACAAAGAGUGAGGAGAAAAGUCCAAAGAAGGUUAGGUUUUCUAUGAAGAACAACCUGGUGUGGAAGCCAAACAGUCCAAUGCCUCCACAAGACUUUACGGUUGCCACCUACGCUUACUCCCCGAGGCAGUGUUUUGAAGAAAGGAGUGCCUCCUGGCCCCAUAAGAGAUCUGCUUCCCUCCACGAAGAAGAUGAAACAGAAAAGGAAAGGCCGCAAGAUACUAAGGACCGUUUUCCCCGCCAUGAAGCGGCUGAAAAGGAUGAAAGCUAUGUCUUCUUAGUAAACUUCAAGUUGACAGGUCUUCAGGAAGGUAAAAAGAAGAGAUGUCACCUUCUUAAGAAAAGGAAGGUAAAAAGAAGAGAUCCAAAAGAACUUGGCACAAAUUGCAUAAUGUGCAGGAAAAUCAAAGAUGCCAACAGAAGUAAGAGUAAACGAGGUAAACACAAUUUUCAAUCAUAAUGCUAUACCAAUUAAAGCAUUUGCGCUUCCCUGGAGAUGAGACUAGCAAAAGGAAGACUAGAUAAGGUAAAGCUAAUUUUCAUUCGAUCUCUUCUUUGAAUUUAGUACUAAGAAAUUUAUAUAUAACAAUGAUUUCGGACUUGACUAUUGUCCAGUCAUAUAUGUAGGUACAAUAAAAGUUUGAACUGUUGUGGACCUUAAAGAUUGUUAGUAGUAUGUUUGUGAUUUUCUAUGUUGUUUCAAAAGUUUAAUGUUGAAGACAAAUUCUUUCAAUGCAAAUUAACUUUUGUCUUCAACUAUGCCUACUGAUCUAAGUGACUACUAUUAUAUGAUGAACAUGGGAAGCAAGCAAAAAUCUCACUCUCUUUUGUAAGGAUCACCCGUCCAUCUAAAUCAGGAAUUGCACUCUUGCUUUCUAUAUACAUUUUAGAGCUGAUAAAAAGGGCAGCCCGGUGCAUCGCGGUGUCUGGGGACGGGCCCCACCACAAGGGUAUAUCGUACGCAGGCUUACCUUGCAUUUCGGCCAGAGGCUGUUUCCAGGGCUUGAACCCGUAACCUCCUGGUCACAUGGCAACAACUUUACCAGUUACCCCAAGGCUCCCCUUCAAAUCACAUUUAAAUUUUACAGCCGAUAUAAAGCACAUUUAAAUUUUACUUUUCUUGACAGGUAGCUCUUCUUUCGAUAAGGUUGGGAGAAAAUGACGAUGUUGCUGACAAGAAAGCUUGCAGGUUGCUUGUGCAAGUUUAAGAUGAGUCCCACAUUAUUAUGCUGGUAUUAAUGUGUAGAAUCACUUGGUGUCAUUAGUGAUUGAAUACAUCUUUAGUUGGUAAAUGUCUUGUAUGUGAAUCUACAUAUUAAAUUCUAAUAGAUUCAUUACAGGUAGACCAACCUUGAGACGAAUGCUUUGAUUUUCCUUCAUGGAGGAAAGUUAGGUAGCUCUUCAAUUUUGAAGUUGAGCUUGGAGUUUGGAUUGGAGAAUUAGGGUGUGAUCUGUUAAAUCAACUACUUAGUACAUACUUGGGUAGUGUAUCAGCAAAGUAAAUAAACAAUACUCCAAUAUUGAGCAAAUGUCUGUGCUGUGCACGGGGACAGGCCAUCUAGUUUAGAGAGAGAGAGGAAACUCCGACAUCAGAGACUUCAAGGCAUGCUUCUUGAUCACACACUUUCCUUUUUCCUUUUUUUGAAUAUAGAUGUAGAAUUAGAAUUUUACUGAUAAAUUUGAUAAUGUUAAAUUGAUUUUGAAAAUAUUAUUGUAAAUUUAAGUCCCCCUACUUAGCACCGAAAGAAAUGAUAGAUUUAAUAUUUUAAAAUUUAA